CGUGCGUAUUCCUUCCCGAGACUAUUUUACUGCAUUUAUGAGUCCGGAGACUUUCCUUGGCAGUCUAAUAAUUUCAUAAAGUGGGAAUCGUCAAAAUGGGAACCCGAGACGACGAAUACGACUAUCUAUUCAAAGUGGUGCUGAUCGGAGACUCUGGUGUGGGGAAGAGUAACCUACUGUCCCGUUUCACACGGAAUGAGUUCAACCUGGAGAGCAAAAGCACCAUCGGUGUGGAAUUCGCCACCCGCAGCAUCCAGGUGGACGGCAAGAUGAUAAAGGCCCAGAUCUGGGAUACAGCUGGACAGGAGCGCUACAGAGCCAUCACCUCAGCGUACUACCGGGGGGCGGUGGGGGCUCUCCUAGUGUACGACAUUGCCAAGCAUCUAACCUAUGAAAACGUGGAGCGCUGGCUGAAGGAGCUGAGGGAUCAUGCUGAUAACAACAUCGUCAUCAUGCUGGUGGGCAACAAGAGUGACCUGCGCCACCUCAGGGCAGUGCCCACGGACGAGGCUCGCGCCUUCGCAGAAAAGAAUACGCUAUCAUUUAUUGAGACCUCAGCUUUGGACUCCACUAAUGUAGAAGAGGCGUUCAAGAACAUCCUCACAGAAAUCCACCGAAUCGUAUCACAGAAGCAGAUAGCUGACAGAUCAGCACAUGACGAGUCUCCAGGCAACAAUGUAGUGGACAUCAGUGUCCCCCCCACCACUGAUGGGCAGAAAAACAAACUACCGUGCUGCCAAAGCCUGUGACCCGCAAUACCACCUUCCAACCCCCACCCCUCACUCAUCUUUCUUUUGUCCUGGUUGUUGAACUGCUGCGGUCUCUAUUCCUCCAUGUGUUUUAGAAGUCUCCUAGAAAAUCAGACUUUCUAGAUAAGUCCUUUCUCCCUUUUUUGUCUGUAUGCUAUCCUUUUCUAACCUCAAAGCUCAUGUCUUUUACCAAGUGAUAGGAUUUUUGUCUAUUUUGAAUUCAGGCUCUGAUCGUGUGACCCAAUCCUGUAGAAGGAAUGGUGAGAGAUCAGUUUGUCCUGUGCAUCUAGUUGCCUUGCUGCUGUCCUCAGUCCCUGUCCUGAGUGUGGCAUGAAAGGAACAAGAACAGAGACCUGGGGUAGUGACUGACUUGGGAUGAUAUUAAGUGGGGGGCUUUGUUACGCCUAUGGUUCAAAGAGAUGCCAAAGUGUGUCUGAUCAUUUUCAAUCUAAAAUAAUCUAAUCUAAAUAGUAAACUUGCAGGGACACUUUUGUCAAAAUUUGACUUUUUCCAAUUGUAUCAUGCACUUUGUUUCACUUGUUAGAUGCAGCCACUGUGUUCUCGCUGUAAUUAGAUCAUACUAUGAAUUGAUCCAGUAGUCCGACUACAGUUGAAAGCAAACGUAAAUAUGGAUCUUGUGUCCUGCCAAUCAUUUCAAUGGAACUCACCAUGUAAAAUCAACAACCAAUUCCGAAGGACUAACAUCUUUUAAAUGACAACACUUAGCUUACUUGGUUGGGGGGGGGGGGGGGGGGGGGGUGUAACGCUCAAUAUCUAGGGUGGAGGAUGUUUUCAUUGCUUCACUCUACUCAAACCAUUUUGCCUCUAAAAUGUAGUUGACAGUGGAAUUUUUAAGAAAGGAAGGUUGCUUUUGUAUGGUUGGCUAUAAUGCCUUAUGUCUCUCCUUUCUAGUAGAUUUGCCUGUAUGUAAUUUUCUGUCACAGGUCCAACUUUUAAAUCAAUAAACACGUGUUAAUUUGCCUUUUCAUCAGGUAGCAUUGAAAUGGAAAUAAACCAAAUGAAUGUCACUUGUUGACAGACAUUUUCUUUGAACAUCAAGAGUUUUCCUCUCAAGUCUUAUAAUGCUGAAACAUAUCCUGCAGAACUUCUAGUGGUGUAGUUAAGUUAUAACAUUGAAUGUGUGAUACAGAAAUACAUGUUCACAUAACUGAUAUCAGUAGGACCAAUAUCUCAAUUGCAACUUUCAAUUUACACAUUUUGAAGAAUUGAAUGCAGAAAAAUGUAGAGUGCACUGAAAUGUUAUGGUAGACUUAGUUGAAUAAGUUCCAACACGUAACUUCAAAUUACUGUACAUGCUCACCAGAAGUGUGUUCAUUAGAUAUUAAGUGAAUUGCAACUACUUUGAUAUAUUGUCAGAAUUGUUCUUUUACUUUAUGCCUGAUUACCUUUAGUCAUUAAUUUCAGUCGUUCUGAAUAGUUGAUUUUAUUUCAGAAAAAAAAACGUAUUUUCUUAAUCAGAUAUUUCAUUUAUUUUAAGUGCAAUCCACUAUGUAAAUAUAAAUCGCUUAAUUUGUGAACGAUUAAACGUGGAUAAAUACAUUGACAAACGAAAUGUGUGCUUGCUUCUGGUGUUAAUUUACAUUAUACAAAAUAAAGGUGAUUUUCUUCCAUAUGGAAAAAUA